UCACCUGUCAUCGAGUGCCUCGCACGAGCGCCUGUGCGAGGAAAUGAGGCGACGCCUCGAGGCCCGUACCCUCGAGCGGCCGAGCGCAAAGUACUGGGGAUCUCAUAAGGAUUUAAACAGCUUUUACCUGCUAAGAUGUUUAUAAAAAGUCUCAACAAAGUACUCAGUGCACAGCUGUGGUGCAACGAUACAACAGAUUUUUCGGCGUCGCAUUAAAGAGUCACAGCAAUAAAUACAUCACUAAAAAAAAUCAAAGGCAAAGUCAAAGUCACAAUCAUUAUUUCAUAAUAACCAUUUAAUCUGUAUUCUGUGUCAAUAGCCAAUCUUUGUAAAGCUCUGAAGGCAAAAAAAAACUGACAACUGUAUUCUAGGUUGUGUUUACAAAUAAAUAGUUUAAAAUAAAUAAAAUAGUCCGUAUUAGUUUAUACUACGUAGUUUGUCUAUUUUUCCUACAUAAAUGUAACUAAAAUGAGGUCGGCUUCAAUUAAAAGUAUCAAUUGGAUGUUACAAUCGGUAAACCAUGAAAAGUAAAACUAUACCUUGAGUUCAGUGUUUCCCUUUUUAUCAUUUAUUAAAUGUAAGAGGUAAAAUGGAAGAGGUAUCUUUACGAAUCGGUAACAAGGUUUUUAAAGUGAACAAAGAGCUUUUAUGUACACAUAGCGAUUAUUUCCGCGCUAUGUUUAGUGGAUAUUAUGUUGAGAGUGUAAAAAAGGAAAUCAAUAUAAAUAUGCUAGAUCCUAAUAUAGCAAGUAUAAUACUUCAAUACAUGCAUGGUAUGAUAUUUCUAACUGAAUACCCAUUCUCAACCAUUGGUGAAAUAGCAGUAGCAGCCAAUUUUCUGCAAAUAACACAACUCAUAGAGCAGAUACAGGAAUUCUUGAAUAGUCGGUUAUGUUUGAAUAACUGUAUUGAGAUUAUGUUAGCCGCUCGAUAUGCAUCUUAUAAACAACUAGAACAAACUUCUUCAGCAUGUGGGCUGUAUUCUUUCAAUUUUAUGAAGCUAGAAUACAUUACGACACUCAAAAAUUUAGUAUGGUAUUUGUCUCACCCCUAUUUAGAUUCACAGAAUGAAUUUCAUGUUUUCCAUUUUGGUUUUAAGUGGCUUUGCGAGAACCAUAAACUGGAUGAUACAUUACUAAUUCUUGCUUGUUUAGACAUGAAAAGAAUUACUUAUGACAAUCUUGUAGAUAUAAAGAAAACAUUAAGUGACUAUGUCAGUCGCCUUUCAGACAGUUUAGUCUUAGAAAUCAUAGAAUUACUCUUGUUUUUAACUAGACAAAAAAACGAAAUAUCGGAGUCUAAGGUGCAUGAUCUUAAAAAUCAGUUGUGUGAAAAGUUCUCGGAAAGUGUUUGGUCUGAAUCUUUGAGUAUAAUUAAAGAUAGUAUUACCCGCCUUCUGAAGUAUGUGCCUUUGGUGUCCUGCCAUAUAAGAAAUAAUGAAGAACCAGAAGAAUCGCAACAAUGUUUGUACACUUUUGAUGAGGAUAAAGGAUUUGAACAAUAUUUAGAGGUGGCGGACAAAAAUCUCCAUGGUUGGAAUGCUACUACCUGGGGUUUGACAAAACUUGUGUUUGUUGGCGGUGAAUAUGGAAGAGGGACAGGAGUAUUUUUCAGAGAUAUUAAGGUAUAUGACACUUUGAAGAAGAAAUGGACAUUGUACAAUGUAGAGUUACCAUCACGGAGAAAUGCAGGUGUCACUACUGCGGGAGAUCUUCUGUAUAUUGUGGGAGGUGUUAAUGAAUAUGGGAUGAUGAUGGACACAGCAAUUGUGUGCGACUUAAAAGAAAGAAGCUAUAGAUAUAUCGCAAAUCUGCCUGAUCGCAUCGAAACCGUGGCAAUUUGUACGCAUAAUCACAAAGUGUAUGUAGCCGGACGGUAUAGCAUUUACUGCCAUGAAACUUACGGUGAUAGAGAUUUUUGGGAGAUGGUUGUUGGUACUGACAGUGGAAGAAUAAAGUUUCUGCAGUCUUAUGAAAAAUAUAUUUACUGCAUCCAAAGUCUGAACAGAAAGUUAUACAGGUUUCGACCUCACAUAGAUAAAGAGCUACAUCGAAUAGUAGGCUUUACGAGUGCAUCAGUUACGGUUGCAAUUUGCAAUACAGGUAACUGUCUUAUGGUAUUCGCACAAACAGAGUGCAAUGAACUAACAGUGGAAGAGUACAAAGAUGAGUUAUCUGAUGAAAAGCCAAGAGUCCUUACUAUGAAAAUGGAAAAUUUGAGGGUCAAUGCCGUAGCUGGGUCUUGCUCGUUGAUUAUGACGAUGCCCCCAGUGUUUACAGAUCUUCCUCAGUAUCAUAAACAAUACCUUAUGCGGCAAACAGAAACGUUUUGAUAAUAUUGUAAGUUUGUUAUGUCUAGGUGAAAGGUUUCGGCCGUGGCUGGUUACUGUAGAAACUGUUUAGGGGUUUGACUUUCAUAUAAAUACCAUACCCCUAACAGGUUAGCCCAUUCCAAUCUUAGACUGAACAAUAACUUAACAGUAGGUGAGAUUGCAGUCAAGGGCUGACUUAUAGUGUAAUAAAACAAACAAAUAAAAAUGUGUUGUGUAAUGCUGUGUUGACAGUAGAUUUGAGUUCAGUUGUCACCACCUCUUCACUUGGGUGUCGAACGAGGCCCAGUAAGGGAAUAUUAGGGGAACGGGCAGUAGCAUUCUCUGUGCUACUACUUCCAUAUACUGUAAUCACCAACCUGUCUGCCCAUGUUGGAAGAGGCCUUUAGUCCAGUGCACUGUUAUAUGCUAUUGAUAAUAAUGUCAAGUUAGAAGCAUUUAUACAAUUUUCAUGUCUUUAUAUCUUUGGCAGUCAAUGAAAUAUAGGAGAUGAUGGUAUCGUAGUUUAGCAAUAACCAAUUGGCUGUAGGUCUAAUGGUUAGCAUGUUCAGGAAAAUCGGUCAAGGAAACUUAAUCAAUGUAAAAAUUUUACUACUCUGCUUUCUCGCGCUUCUCUCUGUCUAUUACAGGCUAUUAUUAUAAAAAAGAACAAGUGUGGUAGUACAAGUGUGGUAGUGUCAUAUUUUAUUUAUAUUGUUUAUUUAACCUAACUACAAGAUGGAAAAAAGAUAUGAAACAAAAUGGUACCUACAUACUCUAGUUAAAUGUAAAUAAACCAAAUUGCAAAAUGU